ACUGCACAGAAUCAGAACAUAGGCAGUGAACAGCAGCAGGAAGUAGAGACACCUGUACUUAGACAACUCCACGUACCCGUCGAGGGUAAUAUACGUUGAUGUGUCAUUUACAGACAUAAAGAAACCAAGAAUCACUGACAAACUGCACCUGUACUGAACUGAUUUCAGCCUCCUCAAACCAGACGACGAUUUCAUCACACUCUGGAGCUUUAUGUGAUUCUCUGACCUCUGGGACCUGAUUUCAGCCAUGAGUAGUAAACAACUCUCUGAGCUCUGCUGGACCCAUUUGACUCCUUGUGGACACAUGUUUGUUUCCUGCUGCAAGUGUUGCAACAACUAGAUUUAUUCAGAUUAAUAAAGUCCUUCUCACCUGGCAGCACAGUAGCUAGUCAAACACGCAGGAAAACUUGGUAAGUCCUAGUGAGAAGGUCUUAAUAUCCUUCUAUCCAUUAUCCAUCCUUCCACCUGUCUAUCAUCAAUCCACCUAUUUAUCCACCCAUCCCUUCGUCCAUCCAUCCAGACAUCCUCUUCAUAAAAAACUAGGGUGUAAAUGUUUUCCAUCAAACGACUGUUUUCUGACUGACCUCUAACUUCAUCCAUCUAUCUCAGUCUCAAUCCAAAGGAUUCUUCUGUGACACCAAUUCAGUGGCUUGUUCUGUUGAUUCAGUCUCGUCUUUGUGUAUAGGGCUGAUGUGAGACUGCACAUGUAAAACAGACCUUUCUGCUGUAUGAUUGUACUGACGUGUAAGUUUUAUGUUGACAAAGUUGCUGCAGCUCUAGAUUCAGACCUUCUCUGUCAGCUGUGUUGCUUGUGUUUGCCCACACACACCUGUAAUAAAUUUUGUUGAUGUUUUUUGAUGGAGCAUCAGAAAAGUGACGUCUCCAGAGUUGGAUCUUGUUGAUGUGCUGCUGGGCCUUAGUGUAAUGAGGUCCGCAGAGCAUCAGGGAGCCAGAUAAAAGCCUGUGCAGCCGAGCUGUUUGCAUCUGCAGUCGUAAUGGAUGCAAAGUCAAAUGUAACGUAUGUCUGUCUGGACGGGUUUGUGGAGUUGAACGCAUACAGACAUCUGUACUUCAUCAUCAUGUUCGGUGUUUAUGUUCUAAUCAUCUGCUGUAACGCGACCAUUGUGUGUCUGAUCUGGGUUCACAGGAGCCUCCAUGAGCCCAUGUACGUCUUCAUCGCUGCUCUGUUAUUUAACUCUCUGCUCUACAGCACCAACAUCUACCCCAAGCUGCUGCUGGACUUACUGUCUGAAAAGCAGGUAAUUUCUUUUCAACUGUGUUUGGUGCAGGCUUUUGUUUAUUACACUCUGGCCACAGCAGAGUUCCUGCUGCUGGCGGCCAUGGCCUACGACAGGUACGUGUCCAUCUGCAAACCUCUGCUGUACCCCAGCAUUAUGAGGAAGGCCACAGUGAACGUGUGUGUGGCUGCAGCCUGGACUCUGCCUGCCUGUGAAGUCGCCGUCUCAGUUGCACUGAACGCUAACAUCAAGCUCUGCAGCUGCAGCCUGAAUGGGAUCUUCUGUAAUAACUCAAUCUACAGAAUUCAGUGUGCGAGCUCAGCAGCGCUGACGGUGUAUGGUGUGUUCAUGCUGCUCAACCUGUCGCUGCUCCCCGUGCUCUUCAUCCUGUUCAGCUACAGCAGGAUUGUGAUGGUCUGCUACCGCAGCGGUGCAGACGUGAGGAGAAGAGCUGCCCACACCUGCUUACCUCACCUGUUGGUUCUCAUCAGUUUCUCCUGCUUUUUUGUUUAUGACAUUAUAAUUGUGAAACUAGAAACUAACUUUCCAAAAAGUGCUCGUUUGAUAAUGACAUUACAAGUAAUAUUGUAUCAUCCUCUGUUUAAUCCAAUGAUAUACGGACUAAAGAUGAAAGAAAUUUUUAAGCACCUCAGAAAAAUAUUGUAUCAGUUAAAACAUUUCAGGAAUGUAAAGUAACGGCCUGAAACCAUUACAGAGAGGAACAUUCACAUGCCCCUCAUUAAGGAGUAGAACACACGACCACAGAAUCCAAACAGCUGUUUUAAUAAUCUACCUGCCAGUUCAGAUCAUUCUGCUUUUGUUCAAGACUCAAACCUUUUAGGUCCAUAGACCAGCUGGAACCGUCUGGCACGGAAACUGCUAACGCUCUGUUGAACUCAGAUGCUUCAUUAAACAAUUUCAGCCAAACGGUCUGUGUGUUUUUUUGGGUGGUCUAACUAUUAGGUUCCGUCUCCCCUGUGGUUCUGUUUCCUUCCUCUUUACCUAUAGCAGCUACAAGCAGCAUCAAAGCUUCAACUGUGCAGCAUAACUACAUAAAGCUGAU